ACGUUCCAAUAGUGGCUCCCUUGCCCGGCUCAGCAUGUCAUUUGUUCCUCCAUACCGAUAUGUGACCGCUUCAGCGCUGGCAUCAGCCCUCAAGAAUGGCGCAGCCUCUUCCUCGUCGGCAGCUGUCACGCCCACUAAGCGCCGAGACAUUGCCAUCAUCGAUGUGCGAGAUGAUGACUUCGAAGGUGGCAACAUCGUCGGCGCCUUGAACGUACCCAGCACGACCUUCGAUCAGAAGGUGCACCAACUUGUCGAGAAAGAGCUCAAGGAUGUCCCCACUGUCAUCUUCCACUGCUCCCUCUCGCAACAACGAGGUCCCAAAUCAGCGCGCAUCUACUCAGAGACUCGCCGAGCUGCUCUGGAUGCAGGAGUCAUCAAGCCCCUUUCGCCUGCCACAACGACGGGCGAAGAUGAGGGACAAGGGGGCCGUGCCCUUCUCCAACCCGAGGACGAAGAGACAGGCGGCCCUCGCCCGACAGCACGACGCAGCGAGAAUGGCGGGCAGACGAUUCUCGUUCUCCGGGACGGAUUUUCCAACUUCGGGCGUGUGUACAAGGAGGACAAGGCACUGGUUGAGGGGUGGGAUGAGGAGGCUUGGUCUUGGAGGUAAAGGGCUUGAAGCGGCAUGAGAAUGACACAAUGACCGGCCGAGGCCAUUUCUGACCGACG